AAAGUGGAAUACAGGUUCGCAGGGGAGCGCGCAUGAGCAGAGAGACUGAGAGUGUGUGUGUGUGUGUGUGUGAGAGAGCGAGAGAGAGAGUGGAAUUGAGUCAAAAAAUGUCAACGGAUCGGGAAACAUGAGAGAUCGAGCACAGGGCAGUGAUCAGAUGAAAUUGUUGGAAGAUGGCCACUCUCCAGAUCUCGCCCACCAGGAUGAAUCCAGUGCUUAUACUCGAGAGCCAUGGAGGUCUGAGGAGUGGUGCUUUGAAUAGCACCGACUGCUUCAACUUGGACCGAGGGCCCACAGUGCUGCAGGGGAACAGUUUCGGGGGUGUCCCCACUGUGCUGCUUAUCUAUUUCAUUUGUUUCUGGUUCUUCAUUUUGAUAUUUACUAUAUUGAGGAAGGCAGCCUGGGAUUAUGGUCGUCUCGCCCUGGUCUCUGACAUCAAUAGGGUGGCCAUUGACCCAUCCAGAAGAUACCAAAGACUAUCCUCAAUCUCCUCUUGCAGUGAGCAAAUUAUAAAAGACGCUGGCUUUUGCUCAUGGCUACCAAACAUCUUUACUAUGAAGGACAAUGAGAUACAAGAACAGUGCGGAGAUGAUGCCAUCCACUAUCUGUCUUUCCAACGUCACAUCAUCCUCCUCCUGGUCCUAAUAAGCAUCAUGUCUGUGGCCAUCAUUUUACCUGUAAACCUGUCUGGGAGUUUGCUGGACCGAAAUCCUCAAAGUUUUGGAAGAACAACAAUAGGGAACAUAAAGAUUGAGAAUAACUUGCUGUGGCUUCACACUAUUUUUGGAGUGAUCUAUCUGCUCCUCACCAUCUUAGUCCUGAGGCACCAUACCUCUAGCAUGCAAAACAGUGAGGAUGAUGUGGCGAAAUGCACUUUAUUUAUAACUAGGAUACCCGAGGAGGCCAGUGAGGAGAUCAUAGCCAGUCACUUCAGGGAAGCCUACCCGACAUGCACAGUCCUGGAGGUCCAGCUCUGUUACAAUGUGGCAAAACUGAUGGAACUGGAUGCUGAGAGGAGAAAGGUAGAGCGUGGUCGGAAGUACUACACACAGCUGCUUCAGAGUGAAGGGAAAAGAGUUUCCAUCAACCCGAAGCCUUGUGGCCAGUUCUGCUGCUGCAGCUUCAAAGGAUGUGAGCAGGUGGAUGCAGUGGAAUAUUACACUAAUCUGGAGACUGAAAUUAUGAACAAGUACACCCAGGAGAAGGAAGUGUUAGAUCGGAAAUCGGUCGGACUCGCUUUCAUUACCUUCCAGGAUGAAGCCAUGGCAGCCCUUGUCCUCAGAGAUUUCAAUGCCUUCAGGUGCCAGGGCUGUAACUAUCAGUGCGAAACACAGCCUUCGUCCUACAGCCAGAAUCUCGGAGUUUUCAAAUGGAACGUGGCCUAUGCACCAGAUCCCAAGAAUAUUUACUGGGAGAACAUCUCUGUCCAGGGAAUUCACUGGUGGAGUCGCUGCAUCUUAAUAAACUUUCUACUGUUCAUUUUGCUGUUUUUUCUCACCACUCCAUCAAUUGUGCUGUCCACCAUGGACAAGUUCAAUGUCACCCAGCCCAUCCGUUACCUCAAUAAUCCUGUCAUCAGCCAGUUCUUCCCCACGCUCCUGCUGUGGGCCUUCUCUUCUCUGCUGCCCACAAUAGUGUACUAUUCAACCUUAUUCGAGGGUCACUGGACAAGGUCUGCAGAAAACCGUGUCACCAUGCACAAACUCUACAGCUUCCUCAUUACAAUGGUGCUGAUCCUGCCUUCCCUGGGCCUCACUAGUCUAGAUGUCUUCUUUAGAUGGCUCUUUGACAAGAGUUUUCUGGAGCGAGCCAAGAUUAGAUUUGAGUGCGUGUUUCUCCCUGAUCAAGGCGCCUUCUUUGUGAAUUACGUCAUUGCGUCCGCCUUUAUUGGGAAUUCGAUGGCUCUCCUGCGUCUCCCCACCCUGCUGCUCUAUGCGAUAAGGAUGUUGAUGGUCAAAUCAGCGGCGGAGAGAAAAAUCAUCAAACAGCAACAAGCAUAUGAGUUUGAGUUUGGAGUGAAUUACGCUUGGAUGCUGUGUAUCUUCACGGUGGUGGUAGCUUACAGCAUCACCUGUCCCAUCAUCGUUCCCUUUGGUUUGAUCUACAUACUGCUGAAGCAUCUGGUGGAUAGGUAUAACCUGUACUAUGCUUACCUGCCUGCCAAACUCAACAGGAGAAUGCAUGUUGCCGCGGUCAACCAGGCCCUGGCUGCGCCUAUCAUCUGCCUGCUCUGGCUGCUGUUCUUCUCUGUACUGAGAGGAGGAUUGUCUGCGUCAACAUCUAUCUUCACCUUGACUGUGGUGCUGACCACCGUUACUCUCUGCAUUAUUUCCAGUUGCUUUGGCUACUUCAAGUACUUUACUGUCAACAUGAUGGGUAUGAAAUUGCCAACCAAAAAUGCUGAAGCAGAUAGGACAGCCCCUGCCUGGCGAUCAAAUGCUUACAUCCCAAGAGUCCUAUCUGGGCCCAAGACUGAAAACAGCCAACUUAACUACCACAACCAGCCAUUGUAUGGUGCUAUGGGUGAUAGCAGUCAGCUGAUAGAGGAGGACGACAGCAUUCCUGUUCCAGAUGACCUUGAGGAAGACAAACAAACCUACUUGGUGGAUACAGGAGCUAGUGAGGUCUAGAAAUCUGCCUGAGUUUUAGAACUGGACUGCAAGGACUGGCCACUGUGUGGUACCGUUACUGUUGUGUUUUGGCAAAAGAGGAAUGGAUAGUGUCAAAUGGCCCUUUUUACUUGAACUUGACCCUUCAGUAGCCAUUAUAAAUAGAAAACUUCGUUUUGCUAAUUUCUUUUAAAUACUCUUUUUUGUGGGGUUAUUUGGGUACAUUAACCCUUUUAUUGCUAUCUUAUACCACAGAUUUAACAAAUUUGCUAAUGAAUAGUGCCAUUACAGAAUUAAUCCAUUUGUAACUUUAAAAAAAAGUUCUAUAUUUUCUCUCCUGGUUCUGUGUUGUGUAACCCCAAUACAUGUGCACAAAACCUC